UUUCUGUCCUCUUAAAAGUAAACUUGAAAAUCAUAAAAAUCCCAAAUCCCUAAUUCUGGAAUUAGACAGAGAGAACAAUGGUGUGCAUACGCAAGGCGACCAUGGACGACCUACUGGCUAUGCAAGCUUGCAACUUGCUUUGCCUUCCCGAGAAUUACCAGAUGAAAUACUAUUUCUACCACAUCCUCUCUUGGCCUCAGCUUCUUUACGUCGCCGAGGACUACAACGGCCGCAUCGUCGGUUACGUCCUCGCUAAGAUGGAGGACGAAAGCAACGAGUGCCACGGCCACAUUACCUCUCUCGCCGUCCUCCGCACUCACCGCAAGCUUGGCCUCGCCACUAAGCUCAUGAACGCCGCCCAAGCCGCCAUGGAGCAGGUGUUUGGAGCAGAGUAUGUGUCGCUGCAUGUGAGGAAGAGUAACAGGGCAGCGUUUAAUCUGUAUACCCAGACGUUGGGAUAUAAGAUUCAUGAUGUGGAGGCCAAGUAUUAUGCAGAUGGGGAGGAUGCAUAUGACAUGAGGAAGCAGUUGAAAGGAAAGACGAACCAUCAUCAUGGUCAUCAUCAUCACCACCACCACCACCACCAUCAUGGUGGUGGAUGUUGUUCAGGUGAUGCAAGAAGUGGAGAAGCAGCUCAUACACGAGGAGACUCGAAAUCAGAGUCAAAAGCUAGCACAAAAUCUGAUUCCAAAACUGGAUGAUUACUGGAGGUAAACACAAGUAUAUGGAGAACUAUGCGUGGUAUUUGUGGCUCAUGGUAUUUUAGUUUGUUUAUUGAAGUAAUAAUCUGACUGGAGAUUUCAAAACUAUUUGGCUUGCUACAUGGGAUUUAGUAUGAACACUGCUGAUGCAAUGGUGUCUGUACUGUCUGUGUUUUACAAUGCUUUUUUGUCCGGAUUCUGGUCAGAUGUUUUCUUGUUCCACCUUGCGUUUUAAACAAUAGAAAUAGCUCUUUGCAUUUCA